GGAAAAGGAGAAUGAAUAUAGUUGGUGUGUUGCCAAGGAGCAUUGUGAGCGAUGGGAAGCAGUGGAGAAGUGGUUGGCAAAGAAGAGGUCAUCGCAAAAUUGAAAGACGAUGGCGACUUUGAUAGGCUUCGUUUGAAGAUCGUUCGCAAGCUCAAGGACAACGAAGAUUUACGACAGCAUAUUGCCUCAAUUGUGAAGCAGUCAGUGGCACUCAAUCGUGCUGGAGCGGAAAAUAUGAAACCUAGACAACUUUCUGAUGCCAUUUAUGAAGAAGUUGGUGAUAAAGUAAUGGGCCAGAUAUCGGAUAGUUUAUGGCAAAUAAUCCGAUCAGGUGAUGAUGGCAUGAAAAGUGAAAUCAUGGAAACAGUGCAAUCUGUCUAUGACAAAUUGGCGAAUCCGAAAGGGAAAGAUGAGGUUAUGUUGUCCACAUCUGAUGUUAUGCCAAUUCAGAGACAAGGGGAAACAGCUUCAGCUACUGAGAUGGAUGAUAAAUUGCAUGAAAAUGAGCCUGACGAGCCUCCAGGUUUCACUCUCUUGCAUAAUCAUCCAAAUAAUAACAAUCAUGAGGACCAGGAUAAAGGGAAGGUGCAGGUUCAGACGCAAGGAUUAACUGCAGAUUGCAAGGAUGAUUCCCAUCCAUCACCGGAUACAGUUGGUGAAGAUAAUGAUAAUGGCAAUGCGCCCCCUGGAUUUUCAAUGGAUGUGGAGCAAAAGCCACCUUCUGAUUGUAGUGAUGAAGACCCUGAGGUGCCUCCUGGUUUUGGUUGAUGAAUUCGAAGGUGUUUCAAUUUUUCUUCUGUUUGCAGCCACUUUUGUCGUUGGAUGUUACAGGUGUCAAAUUUUCUGCUUUUGAUUAUGAUGAACCAGCUAAAAACAAGUGACAAUCUGGAGGCCUCUUGACAACCCAAUCUAAUAUUGGAUGCAUUAUUUUUUCUGAUUGGCAUAAGGUCAACUAUUGCCUGUAAUUUUUGUAGGAAAUCAUCCCAAAUUUUUCUGACAUGGAUGCUGGACCUUCACAAUGAAUUUUGUUAAAAUCUAUUGACCAAUAGAGGUGCUCUUCAAUCAAGAGGUUGCAGUUUCAUCAUUUUUGUUGUUUUUGUAUGAAGAGGGUGAAUAUUAAAAUUGGUUCAAAGUUAUGAGAGUUUUUUUCAGUGUUUGUGAGAGUUCCUUAAGACCGAAAUAACGUGUUUCUUUGAGUGGUUUCUAUUUAUUUUCCACCACUUCCGUGUUCUUUCA